AUGGCGAACCCAGAUUCGCAGACGAUAGAGUUAGACCAUGAAUAUCUCGAUACUGUCACAGUCCAGGGCCGAGAGUAUCAGAAAUAUUCGAUCGAUCACCGAACGUACUUUGGACCGGUCGAUGAGGAAGAAGCACAGCGACUGGAGGGCCAGCAACAGGUCUUUCAAAUUAUUUUCGACAAUCGCCUGAUAUUCCCACCAAUCCGUCCGCUUCAAAGGGUGUUGGAUUGUGGCCAUGGAUCCGCAUCCUGGGCCGUUGAUGUUGCCGAGGAGCAUCCUGAGUGCGAGGUUAUCGGCGUGGACAUUGCCCCGCACAUGAGCCCAGAUGAUGUGCCUCACAAUCUAUGGCUCCAGGUCGAUGACCUGAAUCGCCCCUUCACGUUUCCCGCAAACCACUUCGAUCUUGUCCACUCUAGACUCCUUGCGACCGGCAUCAACCGAUCCCGAUGGCCGUCCUAUCUCCGUGACAUAGUCAGGGUAUUGAAGCCAGGAGGUUGGGUCCAGAUGGUUGAGAUAUACUUUAAUGUUCAGUCCGACAAUGGCUCGAUCACCGAUGAGCAUGCUUUGAGAAAAUGGAGUACACAGUACCUCCGUUCGUUGGAAGAUAGGAAGGAUCUUCGAAUUGGGUCGAAACUGAGAACUCUCUUCACAGAAGCCGGAUUCGUUGAGGUGGACACGAAGAUGAUUCCUCUUCCCCUCUCCCCGUGGUCGACUGGUUGGUCUUUCAAGUUCAUUCCUUCUGGACGACCCAAGUUGACCGAUGCAAUGCAGACCCAAGAAUGA